AGGUAAGAAAAUAUAUCAAACAAUGAAGAUAAUAAUCUUUGUUUAUCUGAUUGUUGGGGUCUGCGGAUACAGAAACGAGAAAGAAGUCAAUCUUGAAGAAUUCUAUGCUACAUUUGAUCAUGAAAUCACUGUCUACUCUGCAAAAAAGUUUGAUUUCCCGAAAGAAAAAGAACUUGAUUUCAAAAGCACUCCAGAAUGCGAAAAUUUCGAAAAAUUCCCCAACCCGAAAGAUUCAUGUCCUGCUCCAAAAGGCUACAGCGGUGACUUUGUUUCUAAUUGCAAGGAAAGAAAAUGUAUUCAGAAAUCCUUCUACGGUUCAACAAAAUGCAGAAAAGUUAUUCGAUUAUUUAAGCCUUUUCCUCACGCCGCAGUUGAAUGCAAAAAAAUGUAUGCAAGCUGUAAGUUGGUAAAAUCCCACGACCACAAGGAACCACCAAAAGACGGGAAACCCCAUUUGUAUCCGGAACCCACGAAAGAUGAAGAACCACAUCUUUAUCCCGAGCCAGAAAAAGAUGAAGAUGGUAAAGAGAUCUCUUGUAAAUGCUACACUAUUUGGUGCUUCCGUGAUAUACAAACAAUCUACGAGGAAAACGGGAAGUUAUACAAAGGGAAUGUUGUUAUAAAGACACCAUGUGGAUGCGACUGCAGGACUGCAUACGAUGGUUAUACUUAUUCCGGAAGAAGAAGAUGAAGAAAUAGCCGAUUUGGAUAAAUAUUCUUUCAUGUACAAAUAAUCAUUUAUGUACAUAAAUGAUUUGAAAUAUAUGUGGACUACAAUAAA